AGCGUGUCCAUUUGCCCAUUUAUCCCUCUCGCACGUCACACGACGUUGACGUUUUGAAGUGUACCCUUUUCUCCCGACGGCUAGUAAACCUCUCUAUAUCCUAGAGCACAAAACAACUUCCCUUAUUUUCCUUCUUAUUAUACCAUACAUACAUCCCCUCAAUUUCUACUUCAUUUAUUUGCUUCAAAUAACUGAAUACUGCUAUUUAUUCAUCAUAAUAGGCGAAAACAGUGAAAGUGAGCAAUGUCUCUCUGGGUGCAUCGGAGCAAGAUAUCAAGGAGUUCUUUUCAUUCUCUGGGGAUAUUGACUAUGUUGAGAUGAUGAGUGAGAAUGAGCGAUCUCAAAUUGCGUAUGUCACAUUCAAGGAUCCCCAGGGUGCAGAAACUGCUGUUCUUCUUUCUGGAGCAACAAUUGUUGAUCAGUCUGUCACAAUAGCCCUUGAACCUGACUACGAGCUGCCUCCUUCAGCUCCAGUGCCAAUCAAGGAAACCGAGAUUGCUAAUGCAGCUGGUGGUGGAUCUGCUAUUCAAAAGGCAGAAGAUGUUGUGAGCAGCAUGUUGGCAAAAGGCUUCAUCUUGGGCAAGGAUGCAGUUAACAAAGCCAAAACAUUUGAUGAGAAACACCAGUUCAUAUCCACUGCCUCAGCCAAAGUUGCUUCUUUAGACCAAAAAAUUGGCCUCAGUGAGAAAAUCAAUAUGGGAGCAACAGUCUUGAAUGACAAAGCGAAAGAAAUGGACCAGAAAUUCCAAGUUACUGAAAAAACAAAAUCAGCUUUUGCAGCUGCUGAGCAGACAGUUAGCAACGCUGGAUCUGCCAUCAUGAAGAACAGAUAUAUUUUGACAGGGACAUCUUGGGUUACUGGUGCUUUCAAUAAGGUCACCAAGGCUGCAGGGGAAGUGGGCCAGAAGACGAAGGAAAAGAUGACAGAAGAGGAACAGGCAAGAAAUUCAGCAGCAGGUUAUGUGCCUAUACAUGCUUUUACAGAGUCCCCAAAACCGUCGAAGACCGAGGAACCCACCAAGCCAUCUUCACCUAAGGGUCUAAUUCUCUAAGCUUAUGCAAAAAUAUUUGAUAAAACUAUUUGCUAUUCCGCUUGUCUGAUCUUUUAGCUGGUCAUUGCGUUAUGGUUAGAUACUUAGAUAUGCUAGUUAUAUGAAAAACGUCCUUGUAAGUUUGAUGCAUAGAACAAUAGUUGCUGGACCAUUGAGUUCUUGUCAAAUUCUCGUCUUUGUCAAAUAUUUGCCUUUGGGUUGGUAA